AUGUACAGUGAUUCAGCGGAGGUGGUGGAUAAGAGAGAGAGACAGAUCGCCUAUAACUCGGCGAGCGCCCGUGCAGCGAGCUCUGUUGCCCGAGUCGCACGGCGUUCCCAUCCCGACAUCAAUAGCCUGCGAAGAGGUCUGGCCCCAGUUGCAUCGGGAGGCGCAAUCUGUGAGACAGAAGACCCUGCGGGGCUGUCCUCCGGGGCUCUCCCUCGAAAGGCUUGUGAUAAGGCUGGCCUGAUCCACAGGUGGCAAAGUGCUCGCGCCUCUGUUGGCUGUGCUGCCCUCCCUCUGCAGUACAUGUCCCUGCUGCUGAGGGCUGUGGCGACUGUCCGCGGGAAGCCUGCAGGCUCGAGCCCGCGCUGGCGCACGUCUUGGGAAGAAGCUUUCAAGGACAGCUCGAGUCUGUACAGUCGACUCCGGCUCAACUCAGCAAUCCCCCCCGUGAGGUGGUUCCCAGAGAUCCACAGGUUUAGAGUCCUCAAGCUUGCUGCCAUCUAUACAACAUCGGUCGACCAACCGACAUUCAACCAGCUUUCUUGCGGGUCUUUCUCGGAGUCGGUCGCAUGGGCGUGGAUUGAGAGGCUGACAAGCUGA